AUGCAAUACUCUUCAUUACUAAAGCAACGGCAACUGAAUUGGCGAAGGCUUCAUACACUCAAGCUGUGUUGGAGAAGAGGAAAACAAUACAGACGAAAAGAUAUUGAUAGAGCGAUAUCAUCGAAAGCCGUUUUUGAGUUCCUCGAAGGUACACUAAGUGAUUGGCCUGAAACUGAAUCCUCAAAAGGAAUCUCGCAGACACAAGUCAGCACUGAGAAAGAUGCAAUUAUUGAGGAGGACAUGGAAAACAUUGAAGAAGAUGUUGUAGAAAACACUGAAGACGAUGCUGUCGAUAAGGACGUCGCCUUGGAAGAGGACUUGGAAGACGCUGACGGAGAUGUGGAAGAAACUGCUUCUGACUCUGGAGGUGCUGAAGAUGCGAAUACUUCAAAUGUCGACAUGUUUGAAUGA